UUAUUCAGCUUUAAUUAUUCUGAAUUCUAAGAUAAAUUGAGUUGUAGUUUGGAGCUUUUAUCUUUGUCCUGUGUCUUAUUUGUGUCAAUUAACGUUAGUGACAAAAAAAUCUUUAAAAAUGAAUCCAUGGGGAAAUGAGCAAUUCCCAAUGCCCCCUAACAUGAUGGGACAGCCAAUGGUGCAAAUGCAUCCACAUCCGCCAUUGUUGCCUCCACCUAUGUUGCAAAACAUGAUGGAUAUACCGAAUAACAUGGGUGGUAUGCCGCCUGGGCCUCAAAUUGGACCUAUGCUGCCAGAAGGUAUGCAGAGCGCCUCUCAGCAAGACGUUCAGGACCCGAGCGUGGAAUCGAGCGAGGUGCAGGUGAUUGAAGAUGACACGCCUGCCCCGGGAACAUCCAGACCUAGCCAUGAGGGAGGACCAGGAAAUAGAAGGGACUCCAGGAAUAAUCGGGAUCGGGACAGAGAUCAGCGCCCGCGUCCUGGCAGACCAGACCGUAGCAGGGAUGACCGUUCAAGAGAGCAUCAUGACCGCAACGCGAGGCCCGGGAAUAAAAGAAUGGCUGACCGGGCAGAUGACAGGAACCGCAAUGACCGUCCAGACCACCGCAUUGACAACCGGCCGGAUAGGAGACGGGACCGUCCAGAGAGAAGGUCCAGAUUUGACAGUGGUGACAAGACACCUGAUAAGAAUCCUGGGAAUAUGCUUCCUGGAACGAUGAUGAUGCCAGGUACUAGUGGUAUGAUGCCAUUUGGAAUGAUGCAGCAGCCUAGCCAGAUGGAAAUGCAACCAAUGGGAAUGCCUCAUCCCAACAUGUCCAACAUGCUAAACAUGCCCAACAUGCCCGGCAUGAUGCCUGGAAUGAUGCAGGUGAAUCCAAUGAUGGAUCAGAACAUGUUCAUGAUGAACCAACAAAUGAUGCCUAUGAUGCACCCACCCAACCAGCCAAUCUACUGCAGCUCUGUUGUUCUCUUGACUCCGAUACCGGGUGCUUCUCUGCCAAACCGCAGAGAGCGGCCACCAGGUUGCCGUACAAUCUUUGUUGGAGGCUUGCCUAAUAGUGUAAAGGAAGAUGUUCUUCAAGAGAUUUUCCAACGGUUCGGGAACAUUACCGACAUCAAGUUGCACAGACAGGGAGUGUGUCACAUCAGAUUUGAGAAGCAGGAAUGUGUGGAGGCUUCCUUCAGCAUCUCUGGAUUCAGAUUCAAAUAUCACAAUCAGGGUGACAGCGAGGCUACUACUAUCUUUGUGGACUUUGCAUUGAACCGCGACGACUACGCCGAGUUCGAGCGAAGCAAGCGCGGCAAGCGUGACCCCACGCCACCGCGCAUCGAGUCGCUCACGCCGGCCUCUUUGCAGACCAUCACCGAGAAGGUGAAAAGUGAUGACCAGUUCGCUGAAGCUGCUCCUACCCUAGUCGGCUGGCUGGAACGCGGUGAAUGCAACAAGAAGAAUGCCAACGCGUUCUACUCGCUCAUCCAAGCCUCCAACAACCAGAUCCGCCGCCUCUUCAAUGAGAAGAUGGUGCUCGACGACGAGUACCAGAACAUGAAACUCACUAUGAAGGAGAAAUUCGCGCAUAUACUGCUGCAAUUCGAGCAGGUAGCGAAAAUACUCUCCGCGGCGCGCCACCAGCGCGUCUCCGACCACUUUAGCAAGCAGCAGCGCAGGAACAUCGAGAUGUGGCUCAAGAUGACUGAGGAGGUGGAAAACAUAAAAGAAGAAUUUGAAACAAACUUCAAUGAGGACGAGAUUGAGAAGAUUGGAAAGAACACGGUUCCUCAGGAGAAAUACGAUGAGCUCAGGGCAGAGCACGAGAACCUCAUAUACGAGCUGGAAGGCUACAAGAACGAGGCCCACCUCGCCAAGAACGAGGCCGAGAGAAAGUUCGAGACCUUCAAGGCGCACUUCAUCGCUCAACACAACUUGAACAACAAGCAGCAAUCGUACCCACCGCUGCCCCCACCGCCGACGCCGCGCGUCGAGGCAGCCAAACCGAUGCCCCCACCCCCCACCCCCGACGACAACAAGUACAUCGUCUCCGGCCCCUCCGUACCGCCCUCCGAGGCUAAACUCAUCAGCAUCCUCACUGCGUUCCUCAUGGUCCACCCUCUCGGAGCAUCCGUCGACUAUCUCGUCUCUUACGUUAGAAGCAUGACCCCUAACGUUACACAGGCCACGGUGCAGGAAAUACUACAGAAGUAUGAUGAUGUUUUCCGCAGAGUAACGUCGGGCGUUGGCGCGUCUAUUGAGACUAGAUGGUGUUAUAUUACCUUUGAUACUAUUAAGUUGGAGCAACAUAAUUAACACAUUGGGUGCCGGGAACACGCUCGGCGGGCGCUCUGUUCGUGGUCGCUUUCCCCUACAAAUCGGGAAAACGCUAGAAUCGGCUACGCAUGUAGCGCUACGAAAAUAUUGGCAGUGAAUGGGUUAAGUAAAAAAUAAAAGUGAAGUUACUUAAGCUAGGGCUAAAGGCGGUUUGUUACACUAUAUGUGUGUUUUCAUUAUCCCACAACGAAUUUUUAGUUUGUUCAAGAAUUGUCCAAGUGGGGAUUUUUCUUCUGUGGCAGUCAUUACUAAAAUUUCAAAGUAAAUUAUGCACUAUAUUCAAUCAGGGGUUUUCAUGUUUAACUUUAGAUUACUUAGUAGAUAAGUGUUGAUCGGAAUUAUAUCAAUAGAUUUUGUAUGUGAAUAAAUUUGAAAAUGUUUUGUUAUACAAUCUUAGAAUAAUAUUAUGUUUAAUCAUAAAAUGUGCUCGGGCGACCUAUGUACAAAUAUGUAUGCAGGAGUGCUAAGCUAAUAGUUUUGCUGACUGUACAUGCAUUAAUAUUUUUAUGCAUACAGACAAUUCAAAAUGUGUUCAAUAAUUAGUAAUUAGACAAUCUUCAAGUAAACCAACUGGUGAUGAGAAGAUUUCUGUGCACUAAUUCUUAGUUGUAAUUAUAUUUAGGUCACAGUGACAUUAAAGUUUAUUUUAAAAUAUUA